AAUCUAUCACAUAAUAUAGGUUCGAAAAAAGUUGUCUUGUCAAACUUGAUUGAGAGAAUAUGGAGAGUAAAAACCAACUCCAUGUUUCAAAUGCAGGGAAACAAAGUGAAGGAACCGAUUUUUUCAAAACUUGCUUCAAUGUACUCAAUACCUUGACAGGUAUUGGGAUACUGUCAAUGCCAUAUGCAGUUUCUCAAGGAGGGUGGUUGAGUUUUAUGCUUCUAAUUAUUUUUGGGAUGAUAAGUUGUUACACAGCUUUACUUUUGGAAAGGUGCAUGAAUCUAAAUCCAAAAAUUAAAUCUUAUGCUGACAUAGGUGAUGUUGCAUUUGGGUACAAGGGAAGAGCUAUGAUUGCUAUUUUCAUAUAUUUAGAGGCAUUUUUAAUUUCUGUGGAGCUUCUUAUUUUAGAAGCUGACAAUUUGGAGAAGCUUUUUCCAAAUAUGAGAUUUACAAUAUUUGGUCUUAAAAUUGGAGGUAAAAGUUGUUUUGUAAUUUUCACUGCUUUGGCAAUAUUACCAACAACAUGGUUGAGAAAUUUGGGAGCUCUAGCCUAUAUUUCAAUUGGUGGAGUAUUUACUUCAAUUAUAUUAAUUGGUUGUGUUGUGUGGGUGGGUGAAGUUGAUGGUGUUGGAUUUCAUGAAAGAGGAGAUUUGAUACAUUGGGGUGGAUUGUCUACUUCUAUGGGCAUUUUUGCAUUCUGUUAUAGUGCUCAUUCAUUAAUGCCUACUAUAUGCAAUUCCAUGAGUGACAGAAAACAAUUUUCCAAGGUUUUGUUGAUUUGCUUUGUGGCAAGCACUAUUAUCUAUGGAACUAUUGUUGUUUUAGGCUACAUGAUGUUUGGAGAACAAUUGAAGUCUCAAAUCACAUUAAAUUUACCAACAAACACUAUAAGCACAAAAAUAGCAAUCUAUUCCACAAUAAUUAAUCCUUUCACUAAGUAUGCUAUUGAAAUUAGCCCAAUAACAAUUGCUAUUGAAGACAAAUGGCAUCUAUGCAUGACAAGACCUAUUAGUAUUCUAAUCAGAACAAUCAUUGUGGCCAGCAGUGUACUUGUGGCAUUAUACAUUCCUUAUUUUGCAUACAUUAUGGCAUUUAUUGGUGCAUUCUUGAGUGUAGCAAUCACAUUGUUGUUUCCAUGUCUUUGCUACCUAAAGAUAAACAAAGCUGCUAAAAAAUUUGGAUUAGAGCUCAUCAUCAUCAUGGGAAUUUUGAUCAUUGGAACGUUUAUUGGAAUACAGGGUACAUACAAUUCAGUGGAGAAGAUAGUAAAUCAAAUGAAGCUUUGAUGGUGAAUACUUAAUGGCUAAUGCUAACUAUUAUGACUAAUAUUGAUAUUGAUAGUCAUGAGUUAUAAUAUUUACGUAGUCAAAAGAAUAUUAAUUAGAAGUUACUUAUUAAUGAGAAGGUUAAAAUACAUUUUUAUAACUUUGUGAUAUUGGCCUUAUCUAUUGAUUGAGGGUUCUUUAUAACCAGAA